AUGACUGAAGCUCUAGGCGUUGCGGAAUCAGUAGCUGGCAUUUUGUCUCUAGCCGGACAGAUUUGCAGCGGCAUUCAAGAGCUUUAUGCCUUCAUCGACUCAAUCCGCCAGGCAGAAACGGAGUAUCAAAUUAUUAAAGAAGUGCUGAUGGUGCUUGAUAAUGUCGUUCAUUCUAUCUCUGAAGACUGUGCACACCAUCCAGAUGGACUCGACGCCGAAUUGCUGCAAAAAGCUCUAGAAUUGUGCAGCUCGUCUAUUCAGAGGCUCAUUGAUAUUGUGAGGCCACGGGGGGCUAAUAGCUCCACGACUGAGAAGAAGAGUUCUUGGAGAUCUCUCGUGAUAAUGGUCAAGAAGCAGAGACUCAAUGAUUUUUAA